ACCCAGGCAGGGAUUACAUUUGUGCCUCACGUUGAAAGCCGUAAUGCCACACUGGCUGAACCGUGUCCAACACGGGCAGCCACCAAGGCACGGAGUGACCACGUGAAAUUGCUUGUCAGGACUGCGACACUCAUCAAGAAAGUGAAAUGGAAGGUUAACACUUACUCAGGAGAACUCACUGCUAAUCUGUGGGGAGAUGGUGCUGGCAGCUCUCACCUUCAUUUAAUGAAGCUCUUCUACAUGAAAGCAAAUUCUAAAAAUGGUUUGGUAAAUAGGCAAGCAAUCACCACGUGUAUGUUAUUUGAUGCUGCAUAUUCCCAAGAAGGAAACUACAAGUCAGAGGUCAACAGUAAACCCAGGAAGGAAAGGACAGCUUUCACCAAGGAGCAAAUCAGAGAGCUAGAAGCAGAAUUUGCUCAUCAUAACUAUUUGACCAGGCUGAGGCGAUAUGAGAUAGCAGUAAACCUUGACCUCACUGAACGACAG